AUGAAUUGUCUGCCUACCACGUCUGACCCUCGUUCUGUCCUUCUUUUGUCCAGUCGUUUAAAGACGGCUCUGCCUUCACGCAACAUCAAAGUCAACGGUGAGGUCAACGGCCGUCGGAGAGGACUUGGAGUCAGGGGUUGUGAAGCACCUUCUUCCCUCGGAAGAGGCUGUAUGUCGAGCGGGGCGGUGGAUCCAAGCGCAGCCAGACUGUCCGGUUUGAUGUGGUGA